AUGAGCUUCGAGCACCGUGACCGGAUGCUCGAAGGCAUCGGAUGGAAGGCAAGAGGGGAUCGGGUGCCGGAGUUUCCAAAUCCACGUCCUUUUUUUCCAAGACUGAAGCAUUCUAUCAAAUUGAUACCGCUUUUUGUUAGGGUGGCCCUCCAUACAUUCGUCGAGUGGUGGAAUGGACGAGAGGCGUUCAUAGAUAUUUUCAAUGUAUUCCGGCAUUUUACUUAUACAGGUGUCCCCUUAGGAGGAAUUGGAAGUGGUUCUAUCGGAACUGAUUUCCGUGGCGGGUUCAAUCGUUUCUCGAUCAUACCUGGAAUCAAAGAACAGACGGAAACUCAAAAAUGCAAUCAGUUCAUUGCAUCAGUACACUCGAAGAAGACGUUUGAGCUCAUCUACCAGUCGAUUUUGUCAUGCGCCGAGUUUCCAGCUACAGUACUCCCGAAAUGGGAUACGACAAUCCCGGCGGAAGAUGUAAGGUAUCGAGGAUUGUUUCCACGGGGUUGGCAAGAGUUUCGACUUGGCUCUUCUGGGAUUACUGUAGUCAUCGAGAGCUUGUCACCAGUGAUUCCUGGAGACUACUCGGAUUCUUCAUUGCCAUUGGCUAAUUUUGAUUUCCACGUGUUCAAUGAUUCACCAGAAGAGGUCGAGGUCUCGAUUACACUGGCGUUCAGAAACGGGACAGGGAAUCGGAAAUGGAAUGAUGAGCAUCUGUGCCAAAGCCAAAAAGUGCAAAGAGACACCAUGGUAGUCCGUACUCUCUCUCAUACCGUGAAAGGUAUGACAGUAACUUAUGCAAUUGGUACAGAGGAGAAAAAUGGGGCAAAGGUAACCACUUGCCUUUUCGACCCGAAUGGUACUGGAGGUAGACUAUGGAGUGAUCUGGAGGCAUAUGGACAUCUGUCGUCCUACGACCACUUGCCACCCAAGCCCAAGGAGCUCGGUAUCGCAGUGUGCUCCUCGUUCUUUGUCCCACCAGAUGGCAGUCAUACCACUCAAUUCUCACUGUCCUGGUACAUGCCACAAGUUCACUUUGGAACUGCCGAGCGGUUUUAUAACCGAAGAUACGGUCGAUUCUUCAGCGGGCCUGACGCUGAUGAAGUGGCCGCGUCGAUCUGUCGUCACGGGCUUCAGAAUAUGUCGAGGUGGCAAGAAGCGAUUGAGAAAUGGCAGACACCUGUUAUCAACGAUGAGAAAUUACCGGACUGGUAUAGAAGUGCAAUUUUCAACGAGUUGUAUUAUAUAGUGGAUGGAAGCACGGUGUGGUUUGAGUAUGAUCCGGAGUGGAAGACUGAUGAGAGUUUGAUUAGUGAGCACACCGAGAAGCAUUUUAAGGAAUACGGUAGAUUUGGGUACAUGGAGUCCUGGGAGUACUUCAUGCUUAACACUUAUGACGUUCAUUUUUACUCGAGUUGGGCGAUUUUAAAGAAUUGGCCGCAAAUUGAGAUGUCUAUGCAACUAGAUUUCGCCGACCAAGUAGACCGAAUCGAUAAUGGGACCGCUACUUCGCUAGCCGAUGGUGAACAAAUGUCUAUCAAAAGUUAUGACCGAAUCCCGCACGAUAUGGGACAUCCGAAGCAUCGACUUUCAGUGGCCGACCCGUGGCUCCACACGAACGCCUAUAUUCUUCAUGAUACUGGGUGUUGGAAGGAUUUGAAUUUGAAAUUUGUGAUUAGUUGCUAUCGAGACUGGAAGAUGAUUUCGAAUGGGGAUCAGGAAAUAUUAGAAUUUUUUAUUGGAAAGUGCACAAAGAUAGUGGAUGGUGCGCUGGAGAAUUGGGAUAAAGAUCAAGACGGAAUGAUUGAAAACGAUGGGUUCGCUGAUCAAACUUAUGAUAUCUGGAAGAUGACUGGCACCAGCGCAUACUGUGGAUCUCUAUGGCUCGCAGCUCUUACUUGCUAUAUCCAAAUGCUUAAAAAGGCGGGCUCCCCCACUAAAUAUUACGAUGAAAAACUUCUCAUGGCUUACGAAGCGUACACUGCAAAGUUAUGGAAUGGAAAGUUCUUCAAAUUCGAUGAGCUCCCGGACAACUCGAAAAUAGUGAUGGCAGAUCAACUCUGUGGAUUCUGGGCGUUGGCAGCAAUGGAUGAGCCGGUGCAGGUGUCUGAGGAGAAGAUGAAGUCGGCGCUAGAGACUAUUUUCAAGUAUAAUGUGCAGAUGUAUGAUGGUGGAAAGUGUGGAGCGGUCAAUGGUUAUUUAACUAGCGAGCGAGUGGAUGGGUCUAGCAUUCAAAGUGAGGAAGUGUGGGCUGGGAUUACCUAUGCGUUGUCUGCGAUGAUGAUUGAGAAGGGAAUGGACGAAAUGGCGUUCAAAACUUCGGAAGGGCUAUUCGACUCUAUCUGGAAUCGGUUCCCUCUGCAAUUUCAGACUCCAGAAGCGAUCACUUCAGAUGGAAUGUACAGAGCACUCGGCUACAUGAGACCCCUUUCUAUUUGGGCUAUUCAGCACGCUCUGGAGAAGAGGAACCGAAAAUAA